AGUGUAGUUAUGAAAGUCUGAGACUAUCUUGCGUCCUUGAAAUUUUUGCUACCUCAUUUCCGGAUCCUUUUUCCAGGUUGUGGCAAACAUGGGUCGUGUUAGGACAAAAACUGUUAAGAAGGCUGCCCGGGUCAUCAUUGAGAAGUAUUAUACCCGACUGGGCAAUGAUUUCCACACUAAUAAGAGGGUUUGUGAGGAAAUUGCCAUAAUCCCCAGCAAGAAGCUUCGCAACAAAAUAGCUGGGUAUGUCACUCACCUCAUGAAGCGUAUCCAGAGAGGUCCAGUUAGAGGCAUCUCUAUCAAACUGCAGGAAGAGGAAAGAGAAAGAAGGGACAACUAUGUUCCUGAAGUCUCUGCCCUGGAUCAGGAAAUCAUAGAAGUCGAUCCGGACACCAAAGAGAUGUUGAAGUUGCUGGACUUUGGCAGUCUCUCCAAUCUUCAAGUCACUCAGCCCACUGUGGGAAUGAGCUUCAAACCACCCAGAGGAGUCCUUUAAAAUCUUGUACCAUAGUGUUUAAUAAAAAUUAAAAAAGUA